AUGACCACCGCCGACGCGAACCUGUUCCUGUGCUCGUUCAUCGUCACCUACAACUUCACCCGCAUGAUGGAGUCGAUGACCCGUAUCGGUCUGACUCUCGGCUUCUACGGUGGUAUUGCCGUCGUCGGCUGGUUCUACCAGAUUAUCUUCAUGCCUGCCAGCUGUGGCAUAAUUUCAACCUUCUGA